AUGCAACAAGAACAAGAGAACAGUUCAGUUACAGUCUUUAGAGAGUUCCUGAGGAUCAGGACAGAUCACCCAAAGCCAGACUAUACUGCAUCCACCAAGUUCCUCGUGGAAAAGGCCCAACAAUAUGGUCUGCAGUGUGAGGUCUACAAUGGAACUGGAUUACCAAUUGUAAUAAUGAAGAUUGAGGGUAGCGAGCCAACAUUGCCAUCAGUGUUGUUGAAUGCACAUGUUGAUGUUGUGCCUGCUGUACUCGAUCAUUGGAAGGUAAACCCAUUCGAUGCCUACAAGGAUGAGAAGGGCGACAUCUAUGCCAGAGGCACUCAAGAUAUGAAGUGCGUGGCCAUUCAGUUCUUGGAGGUGGCUCAUCGUUUCAUCAAGAGUGGCAAGAAGUUCAGACGUAACCUUUACCUCACCUAUGUGCCCGAUGAGGAGAUUGGAGCGAGCAAUGGAAUGGAGCCAUUCGUCAAGACUGACAAGUUCAGGGAGUUGAACGUGGGCAUGGUCAUUGACGAAGGUCUGGCCUCGCCAACCGAGGAGUUCACAGUCUUCUACGGAGAGAGAGCACCUUGGUGGAUUCACAUCACUGCCGAGGGAAACACUGGACAUGGAUCAAGAUUCAUUGAGGGUACUGCUGUUGAGAAGUUGAUGAGGACUAUCAACAAGAUGAUGCAGUUCCGUCAGGAUCAAUUCGAUCUGUUGCACAAGGGACAUCAUGAGUGUGGAAAGAAGCUAGGCGAUGUUACAACAUUGAACUUGACUGUGUUGAAGGCAGGCGUUGGUGAGGGACCCUUCCCCAACUACAGCUACAACGUCAUUCCAACAGUGGCCGAAGCUGGCUUUGACAUUAGAAUACCUCCAACUGUCAACCUCGAAUCAUUCUUGGAUCAGAUCAGAGAGUGGACAUCAGAGGAGGGACUCUCCUUCAAGUUUGCCAACUACACCGAGAAGAAUGAGUUGACCGACCUGAAUGAUCCAGACCUCAAGUGGUGGACUGUCUUCAGAGAGUCAUGUGACAAGAUGGGACUAAAGUUGGUGCCAGAGAUCUUCCCUGCAGCAACUGAUUCAAGGUUCAUUAGAAACUUGGGCAUCCCAGCAUUUGGCUUCUCUCCAAUCAACAAUACUCCCAUUCUCUUGCACGACCACAAUGAGUUCCUCAACGAGAAGACAUAUCUUCGUGGCAUUGACAUCUACGAGGGUAUUAUCCCCAACCUUGCCAACAUGUAA